UCCGAUGCUUGAGGAAUCUUCGAAACUUGCACAUCGUUGCCCGAAGCAGCACAGGUUUUACUUCUCAUGCAGUCUUAUGUGCGGGGUCAACUAGGCAACUAUUGUGUACAGGUGCCUGAAAAUCGUACUCGUAUAAUCUGGAGACGAUUUCUCUUCCCCAGGUGAACUUGACAAUUUUCAAGGUCCUUCCGCCAAUGUGAUCAGGUUUGACGUCGCAACUGUACGGCGCAAAUAUGCAUGCUACCAAAGUUCUGCUAUGCUGGCUCGGAGUGGUAACAGCAAUUGCUGCGUACGAACAGUUGUACAUGGGCGACGAACAUCAGUCAUCAUCGAACCUCACGUUAAAUUUUGAUGACCUCGAGACCAACAGCUCCGGCAUUGGCUUCGAUCCAUGGACCAGUCAAGCGCCACUGCACUACAAGGACUUGUACUUCCAAUCGUUCACUGUGGUGAACGUUGCUAAGGCCCUCAAUUCCCUUCCUGAUCCCGUUGAUAUCCUCUGCGCUGCUUCUGCACCCAACGCACUCUUCUCGUCACGCAGAGAGGGCUACGUAUGGCCUCGUUUCAGCUUGCACAACCUCACAGACGUGGAUCAACCACGCAAUCCCAAUGUCACCUUCGACAUGCGCUCCUUGACCUUCUCGCCCACGGGCAGAAUCCCGGGGACUCUCGGUGAAGUUCUCGUCCUAAUCCGAUUGACUCUGGUUAAACUGCCACCUGACCCGCCGACUGGGGUCGUUCCACCUGAAACCUCUUUCCCGGGAUUGGUCCGUGGCGCGCCUACGAACCUGCCGCCAGGCAAACACAUCUACCAGUUAUCGUUGGUCUUUGGGCCUGGAGCACACCCAAGUGUCACGCUGAACUAUGAUAUCUUCCGAAGAUCAGUUCCUGGGUUCGGCCGCAAUGUCGAUGUUAUGGAAGUGUACGCGGAGCUGUUGCGGAGAGAUGAGGAAGGCACAGCUUGGCGAUCUGAUGGGGAUUGGCAGCUGUGCUUGGAUGAUAUUGUGAUAGAUGUUGUUGAAAAGAGUCCGGCUGCCACGGAAGGGGUGGCCGAAGAGGUCGAGGGUCGGUUUGAGGGGAUGUCUGUUACCGUGACACCAGAUGGCUCACUUGAGUAUAAUCAAGCUGCGUGUGAAAGGAUAUUGAAGGAAUUACAGCAGGCGUAAAUUCAAACCGGCUGAUGACCGCGUACAUCCAUAGGCUGGCGGAAGGAUCUGCAGGACGACGUUAAGUCUAUUCUGGGUUAAAUUCCUCGGUGGGAAUGCG